AUGUCGAGGGCAAAGGUUGGUAUUAACGGUUUCGGUCGUAUCGGGAGACUUGUGCUCCGCGCAGCUUUCCACAAGAACACCGUGGAUAUAGUUUCAGUGAAUGACCCCUUCAUAAAUUUAGAGUACAUGGUGUACAUGAUUAAACGUGAUUCCACCCAUGGGAAUUUUCAAGGCGAGGUGUCGGCAGAAGACGGAAAAUUAAAAGUCAAUGGAAAGUUAAUAUCUGUUCAUUUCGAAAGGGAUCCAAGAAACAUCCCAUGGGAUAAGGACGGGGCUGAAUAUGUCGUAGAGUCCACUGGAGUCUUUACGACCAUUGAUGCAGCUAAAGCUCAUACUGAAAAUAAUCGAGCUAAAAAGGUUAUAAUAUCUGCACCUUCUGCAGACGCACCCAUGUUCGUUGUUGGUGUGAAUGAAAAUUCGUACGAUAAGUCAAUGUCUGUGGUUUCUAAUGCAUCAUGUACAACCAAUUGUUUAGCACCCCUGGCUAAGGUUAUUCAUGAUAACUUCGAAAUAGUUGAGGGCUUAAUGACCACUGUGCACUCAUUUACGGCUACGCAAAAGGUUGUGGACGGACCAUCUUCAAAAUUGUGGCGAGAUGGUCGUGGAGCGAUGCAAAAUAUCAUUCCAGCUUCUACUGGUGCUGCCAAAGCUGUAGGAAAAGUCAUUCCAGCAUUAAAUGGAAAAUUGACGGGAAUGGCUUUCCGUGUACCGACACCGGACGUUUCAGUCGUUGAUCUGACAUGCAGAUUAGGGAAGAAAGCUACCUAUGAUCAAAUUAAGGCUGUGGUCAAAGCAGCUGCAUCUGGACCAAUGAAGGGGAUUUUGGAAUACAGUGAUGAUGAGGUCGUCAGUUCAGACUUUGUUGGAAAUAGCAGUUCAUCCAUAUUUGAUGCGAAGGCUGGGAUAUCUCUUAACGACAACUUCGUGAAAUUAAUUUCAUGGUACGAUAAUGAGUUUGGAUACAGUUGUCGCGUAGUUGAUCUCAUCACGCACAUGCAUAAAGUUGACCAUGCAUAGUGAAGUAGUUUCAACUGUAGCCGAGUCACUUUUUGUCAAUCGAUAGAUAACGAAUAAAGCGUUAAUCUGCCCACUUACUUUUCAGUUCUCUCUAUCACAUAUCAGUCAAAUAUUGUUUGGUUUCUUCUGUUAUUUUGCUUAGCAGCCAAUGUAAAGUAACAAGUGUUGAUUAUCGGGCUUCGUUCAAGAGGGCUUACGUGGUCCUAAAGUAUGUGUUACCAUCAAAUUGUCACUCGUCCUACCCUUUGGACGUGUGGUGGUGGUCCACCUAACUAACUUUCAGCAGUCGCAAAAGUUCGAUAACAGUUUACAGGACAUAUUUGUGACUUCAGUUAUUACUUAGUUUGUAGUUCGCUAUACAUUUAGUUGUUGUGGACCUUUGUGCCCAUCUUGGACUUGCUGUUUAGAUAAUAAAAUUAAAGGAAAGGUAAUACGACCCGAGUUUUCGUGCCUUAGUCUUUAAGAUGCAUGACAUCCUCAACACUUGUUGAAUACCAUCAAAUAAGGUUCCCUUUUUAUAGACAUCGUCAUCACAAUAACCAUUUUUGAAUAGACGGGAUGUUUACCUCUUCUGAGCGUUUCUAACAAUUGUUUGGUUCCACUCGUCAAAAGUAGUCUCUGCUGACCUGGCUUUUCAGUCAGCUACAAUGGAGGAUCAGACACAUAUAUGCAUCGGUCCAAGUUGCCAUACCUCACUAACACAACAUGAUGGACACCGGAUUCAUAAAAGUAGUUAAUUCAGUGAUGGUAAUAUAUAAAAGAAAGAUUGCAAUAAGGAUAUAGUACAGGAAGAAAUAAUUAGUUCGUAGAAAGAAAGAUAUGAAGCAAUUUUAAUCUCUCAAUUUAAGGGAAGACAGUGUAUACACCGACGCCAUUGUGAUUGAUUCUGAGCCGUCACCCACAGUCUCCAACCAUUGAUUAUGAUAGUUGCGCGGACCCCAACCAAGUAGUCUGCAUCUACCAACAUGGCUCAGACUAGAAGUUAGCGACUUCAAGCACUGAUGCCACGUUUCGAUCUGGCCGCCCCUAACUUUCUUCCAACCAUUUCCAAUACCGGUUAGCAUUGCGCAUCGUGGUGAUCGGUGUUCAGGCAUAUAUAACACGUGGCCUAACCAUCUCAGCCGGUGAAGAUUCAUAACCUCAUCAACUGAUUUACCAUCAUUCCCUAAUACCCUACGUCUAACCUCACUAUUACUUACCCGGUGAUCGCAGCAGAUGCGAGCAAUAUUUCUAAGGCAUCUGUGGUCAAAUACUAGUAGCUUACGAGUAUCUUCUACUCUUAGUGGCCAUGUUUCGCUACCGUAAAUUAAAACAGAACGAACUGCCGCGCAGUAUACUCGUCCCUUAAUUGAUAGACUGAUAUCUCGCCUUCGCCACAAGUGACGUUAAAGAAAACUCCACAAUUGGAUAAAAUAAAUAAAACUAUUUGUUGUGUCCCGAUAAGAAUAAUGAAUGGUAAUUUUUGGAAUCCAUUUAUGGACCAAUAUUAUGAGUAUAUUUUUAUCGUACAGUUGUUAUGCAACUAAACUGUUCAUAUUCAUACCCCUCUUAUUAUGAGCUUUAUGUUGACCUAUGAACUAUUAUUGUACGAUUUACCAUUCAUGAAUUAUUCACUAUCUGUUAAUCGCUACCUCCCUCAUUCACAGCCACUUCUGGCUAAUUAUUGUGCAAAUGUUAUUUUCUAUUUUAUUGGUACGUUGUGGUCGGGUUGAUCGGUAUAUAAACAGAGUAUGCUUGGAAUACAAUGAUUCAUAUCUCAGAGGCUGAGACUUGCGUUCUGGACUCAACUGGCUGGGCUAGACCGGGGAGCGGGGCCAAUCAGAACUCUAGGUCGUUCUUACGUGUUUUACGCGUCUUUGGUCCGAUCGAUAAUACACUGCUCUCUAAUCUUUCAGUCAAGGACACGACAAUUGGCACGGGGUAAAAAUCGAUCCAAGUUCAAGUCACAACACUAUUUAUUACAUAUCUUUUCAGCGAAUAACAAUUCUUGAUGUGCCUAUCAUAGUGCACGUAUAAAAGACUAUGAAUUUGAAUGUGACUUUUAGAAACUAGGCGCUGCUCUUAAAAUUCAUUUUGUAUCACCAGUUUUAAUACAAGAAGAAAGUAGGGAAAAAGAUAUAUCUUAAUAGUUUAAUUAUCAGUUUCAUUGAAAAUGAACAGCUGUACAAUGAUAAAUCGUUGCAAAUUGUGUGCUUUAUAAAAGAAAAUAAAUGAAAUUAAUACGUAUUCAGAAGUGAAUCAAUCUAAUCAUUUCCGCUAUGUAUUACUAAAUUUUGUUGAUGACUUUACGUCUGAGGUGUACAAUAAGUGCAAAGAAAUUUUUGCCUAUAUUUAGCAUUAGUAGUCUAA